AUGGCCUUGGCUGUGCCUGACAAAGAGGAAGCUGCUAGGAGCUCCCUGGAGGUGAAGGAAGAGGAGCAGCAGGAUGCAGUAAAUCAGGUGGCUAACCUGACCUUGGUCAGCUCUGCCUGUGACAUGGUUUCUACAGCUUAUGCCUCCACUAAGGAGAGUCACCCCUACAUCAGAUCUGUGUGUGAUGCAGCAGAGAAAGGAGUAAAAAGUGUGACCGAAGCCACAGCCAGCUGUGUGCAGCCAGUUCUGACUACACUGGAGCCUCAUGUUGCUGCAGCAAGUGAGUAUGCCUCCAAGGGCUUGGAUAAACUAGGAGAAAAGCUCCCACUCCUUCAAAAGCCAGUGGACCAGAUUAUCUCUGACACAAAAGAGCUGGUGUCAUCCAGAGUGGCUGAUGCAAAGGAUGCUGUGAGCACUAAAGUGACAGAGGUGAUGGAUGUAACUAAGGAGACUCUCCAAAGCAGUGUGGAGGCUGCCAGAUCUGCAGUGACCAGCAGUGUAGGGAUGGUUAUGGACUCCAGAGUAGGCCAGACCACUGUAAGCGGAGCAGAAGCUGUGCUGGGGAGUACAGAAGACAAUACUCUCCCAAUUGGAAAUGAGGAACUAGCCAAACUGGCAGCAUCUGAGGAGGGCACAGACAUCAUGCCUGUGGAGCAGCAGCAGAAGAAGAGGAGGUACUUUGUGCGGUUGGGGUCUCUUCCUGAUGAUCUUCGCCUGUGUGCCUACCUGCACUCAACAGAGAAAAUGAAGCAGGUCUGGCAGGACAUGCAGGAGGCCCUUGCACAGCUUCACUGCAUCAUUGAACUGACUGAAGUGUUUAAACAAGGAUUUAAUCAAAAGCUUCAGGAGGGGCAGGAGAGACUACACCAGAUGUGGCUGGACUGGAGCAGGAAGUCUUCCAAAGAGAGUGGAGAUGAAAGCUCUGCAGAGGCAGAGGAGAUGGAGUCUCUGGCCCUGCUCAUGGCAAGUAGUAUCACACAGCAGCUGCAAAUCACCUGUUGUAAAGUAGUGUCUGCAAUCCAAGGCCUCCCCUCAAGCCUCCAGGAUAAGGUGAAACGAUCUCUUGGUUCCAUAGAGGAACUUCAUGCUUCUUUCUCAGCAGCAAACUCCUUCCAGGACUUGUCCAGCAGUGUCUUGAUCCAGAGCCAGAGGAAGCUGGCUGUGAUCCAGGAGUACAUGGAGGAGCUGCUGGAGUACCUGAAGAACAACACACCCCUGUCCUGGCUGGUGGGACCCUUCUCCCCCAGGAAGGAGGAGGUGGAAACCUCACAGGAGGAGAAAGCAGAGACAGCAAGAACAGGGGAAAAUGAAGCUUCCACCACCCUCAUGUGA